UUUGACAGCAAAAAAUGCAAACCAUACAAUAAAUGAUGAAAUACGGAAUAAACACUAUUUGAAACGAAGUAUUAACAUUUAAUUAAUUACAAUGUUAAAGUUACAAAGUUGUUUAAGAUUCGGUCAAUAUGCAAGUGGUACCUCUAGAAGAUGGCACAGCACCGUUCUUCCGGACCAGAAGCUAAAAAAAUCAUAUCCCAAUAAAGAAAAUUUCAGAGAUUUAAUAGAGAGACGGCAAUCGGAGGCACUUCGAUCCGUAAUUCUUGAAGUAAAUACAAUAGAUGUUUGCGGUCAAGUGUACAAUCAUUGUAAGCAGUUUGGUGAAAUAAAAAAUGCAUUUGUCUACACGCUGAAAGAUGAGCGAAACAUUAUGUUACUCGAAUACAAACAUUUGGAUGCAGUCAGUGAAACAUUCAAAUUCAGUGGUUUUAAAGCGAAUGCUGUGCAGUGUCCAAAUCGAGUUUUAGUUGUAAAAAAUUCGAAAUUGAAUUCAUCGUUAUCGACCAAUGCACCACUUCUGUUAGACAAUGCCAUCGCUCCUCCAAUUGCACACAUUCUACGGAAUGCUGCAACAUUUGAUGAACAAGUGUGCCUUUUGUACGAUAAUAGCCGACUCACUGAAUUGUCGUUGCGGUUAAGGUUUCUCACCGCAUUGCAGGCACAAGUUGUGAUAAAUAAAUACAUGAACGAAUCUUUUCCAAAUGCAAUAGUCUAUCCAUUUGGUUCGUCCGUCAAUGGGUUUGGAAAAAUGGGCUGCGAUAUUGAUCUGGCCCUUCGAUUUGAUACAGAUAUCGACCGCACAGAUGGGAACAGUGAUAAACCAUUGGAAUUUUGUGGAAAGAUGAUUGAAUCAGAAGACGAUUCAAAUAAAUUACAAGGAAAUCAAGUAAAGUGCAUGGCAUCAUUGAUUGAAUAUUUUGUUCCUGGAUGCGAAUCAGUGUCUGCUUUCAGCGGUGCCCGUGUACCCAUUGUUCGAUAUUUCGACACAUACAUCCAUAGCAGCGUCGAUUUAUCCGUUGAUAAUUUGGCUGGAUUUCACAUCACAGAGUACAUGUACACAAUGGGACUAAUGGACCACCGAAUAAGACCAUUUAUAUUUUUAGUUCGACAAUGGGCGAAGGAAUUCGGUUUGACAAAUAAACGUCGAUAUAGCAUUACAAAUUUUCAAUUGUCAUACAUGUGCUUAAGUUUUCUGCAGCAAUUAAAAGAGCCGCUGAUACCAACGUUUGAAGAUGUGAAGCUUCAAAUGAAUAAAAAUCAAUCAGAAAAUUUCACAAUUAAUAAGAACAAUGAAUUUAUCUUCGACUUUGAUCGAUUCAAAUUUGAGACAAAAAACAAAAGCACAGUUUUGGAGCUGUUCAUUCAAUUCUUAGAAUACUUUGGGACAUUUGAUUUCAGCAAAUACAUGGUCACAGUAAAAACAAUCGAAAAAACACCCAAGCCAGCAGCAGAUCCACUAUAUUUGGAAAAUGUAUUCGACAGCACAAAUCCAUGGGGGCUAAAUGUUUCGCAGGCCGAAAUUUCCACACUACAGAUAAUGAUACAGGAAUCAUUACAAGAGCUAGAACAAUGCUCACUCACACCGUCUGACAACCACCAUAACUGGGGACUAUUAGAAAUUCUCUCAAAAUUAAAAUAAGAAUAUUUGAGACUUAGAAAUUAUUUGUACAUAUUUAAACCAGUGGAAAGCAUUUUUAAUAAAGAAGUUCGUGAAAAAGUGA